UCCUCCCAAGUGGCGACAACAAUUGAAAACAGCCCUAAUUUAAAAUCAUUUUUCAAACCCCAUCUCACACCACCAACCACAACAGCAGCAGCAGCAUGGGGACUAAGGCCCCGGAGAUUGUGAUUCUCACCGGCGAAGAUCUUAAGAAUGGCUAUGAUGAUGACGAUGAUGCUGAUGUUUCUGUCCUGUAUGCAAAACCCUUCUCUCGCAAGGAGGGAGUCAAUCCAGAAAACCCCAUCUCAGUUGAAAGCUACUCUGAUGACAGAGACCUCCAGCUCGCCAUAAUGGCCUCUCUUCAACCUCAAUCAAAGAGUAGCAGCAGCGGUAUUGGCAUUAUUAGUAGCAGUGCAAGUGGUAAAACUAAAAGGGUCAUUGAUCUUUCCCAAGAUUACUUCAUUUGUGAUCUUGAUGAUGAUGAUGACGUUCAAUUAAUUGCCUCAUUUUCCACAACUCCAAGGAAGAAGCUUUUCACAGGCGAGUCUUCCAAUUCUAAGGCUACAGCCAACAAUGAUCAUGAUAAUGUUGAUAGCGGUGAUGUUGAUGUUACUUUUAUGUGUGAUAUCUGUGUUGAUGAAAAGCCAAAGGCUGCAUUGUUCUGCAUAAAGGGUUGCACUCAUUCUUAUUGUUCUGAGUGUAUGGCUAAAUAUGUCGCCUCAAAGUUGCAAGACAAUAUUACUAGUAUUUAUUGUCCGGUUCCUGGGUGUAAUGGGAGGUUAGAGCCUGAAUAUUGCCGGUCUAUAUUGCCUGUUCAAGUUUUUGAUAGGUGGGGUGAUGCGCUAUGUGAGGCAUUGUUAUUGGCUUCUGAGAAAUUUUAUUGCCCCUAUAAAGAUUGCUCCUCGCUUUUGGUGGAUGAUAGAGGGGGCAGUGAUGAGGCUAUUACACAUUCUGAGUGCCCGGAGUGUAGGAGAUUGUUUUGUGCAAAGUGCAGGGUACCUUGGCAUUCGGAGAUUUCCUGUGAUGAGUUUCAAAUGUUGAAUAAGGACGAAAGGGAAAGAGAGGAUAUUCUGCUAAUGAACCUGGCCAGGAGCAAGAAGUGGAAAAGGUGUCCCAAGUGCAAAAUUUUCGUUGAGAGGAUUUCCGGGUGCUUGUUUAUGAAAUGCAGGUGUAAAUACACAUUUUGUUACAACUGUGGAGCUCAAAUGGGUACUAAUCAUUACUGUGCCAAUUGUAAGCAUUAGCUUAGAUCCUUCUGCAGAUUGUGGAUGGUGGGGACAUUUUGUAUAGCAUAUAUCUUUACUGUUUUUGGCUCCCUCGGAAUAAUGAAUGAAUAGUAUCUUGGGCACAUUUUGCUGAAAAGUCUUUCCCUUUUCUUUGAUA